GCGUGUCCGAACACCGGUGUCCGGGCUGUGAUGGAGCGCUGGCGGGGCAGAGUGGCUCUGGUGACCGGAGCCUCGGUUGGAAUUGGUGCGGCUCUAGCCGUAGAGUUGGUCCGGCUCAGAAUGAAAGUGGUGGGCUGCGCCAGGGACGUCGGAAAAAUACAGAAACUGGCAGCAGAGUGUCAGAGCGCCGGUCACCCUGGUGUUCUGGUGCCUUUCAAGUGUGACUUGACUAACGAAGAGGAGAUUCUGGCCAUGUUUGCAGCGAUCAAAGAGCAGCACAGAGGCGUGGACGUGUGCAUCAACAAUGCCGGUUUGGCUCACCCCGAGCCGCUGCUAAGUGGCAAAACCAGCAGCUGGAAGAACAUGAUGGAUGUGAACGUUUUUGGCUUGAGUAUCUGCGCGCGUGAAGCGUAUCAGUCGAUGAAAGAGAGACAUGUUGAUGAUGGGCACAUCAUAAACAUAAACAGAACGGCUCUUAAACCUCUUGUAUUUGCAGCGUGUGUAGACAUCACGACUGUUGCUGAUCUACGUUUCUACACAAGCGCCAGGUUUGCUGUAAUCACGCUGACUGAGGGCCUGAGACAGGAGCUGCGUGCAGAAAACACCCAUACCCCAGUCACAGUGAGGCUUUAA